GCCAGCCGCGGGGCAGCCCUGCGUCCUGCACCCUCCGCCAGCCCAGCUUAAGGCGCAUCCUCCACCGCACCCGGCCUCGCCUGUCUCCCCCAAGCUCUUGAUGCUGCCCAGCUGAAAGGAGAAAAUGGGCACUGGAGAUUUUAUCUGCAUUUCCAUGACUGGAGGGGCGCCCUGGGGGUUCAGACUACAAGGAGGCAAGGAGCAGAAGCAGCCCUUGCAAGUCGCAAAGAUUCGAAGCCAGAGCAAAGCGUCAGACUCUGGCCUGUGUGAGGGGGAUGAAGUUGUGUCUAUCAAUGGCAACUCCUGUGCAGACCUUACCUACCCUGAAGUCAUCAAGCUCAUGGAGAGCAUAACAGACUCUCUCCACUUGCUUAUCAAAAGACCUUCUAGUGGAACAAGUGAGACUUUGGACUCUGAAACAGAAAACAUAAACCACCAACAUCUUCCACAUGAGGGGCCCAUGGAAAGUACCACCCUGCAGAUUCUUCCAGCCACAAAGCCCCAAUGCAAAGACUUCUUUCUUGCUCCAGUCCAAAGUAGAGUUCCCCUAACCGAUGACCAAGGAAAUGAAUGGGGUUAUGCGGAAUGUACAACAGGAGAAAACAUUCCCCAGAUGCUUGGCUCCCAAGAAGGACACUUGGUAGAAGAGGUCAUCUUAAGGGAAAAGGCAGAAGCAGGCCAGCCAGGCUGUGUGGUUGAGCUGCAACUGUCCCUCCCAAAGGAAAGACAUCAGUGCACUCGUGGCCCUAUAGUGGCUCUCCAGGGAAAUGAAAAAUCUAAGUCUCCUGAACCAGACUGGAGUUCACAGCACGAGAAGACCGUCCACAUAAACUCAAUCGCUGCCCCUGAGGAAGCAGGCACUUCUCUGCUGUCCAGCACGACAAUCCAGACCUCCAGUGGCCGGGAGUUGAGAGUGAUCCAAGGAAGAGAAGCAGGAGGCGCAGGGCUGCCCCAGGUGGAAGUGAUUCUAGAGGGCUGUGACAGGCUGAAGGCAGAAGAGUGCCGGCUGAAGGCAGGAAAGGGGUGUGUGGCUUCUGGGGUGGAAGGAGGGCAGUCAGAAGCACCUCCUUCUCUGGUCUCCUUUGCGGUCUCACCAGAAGGCACCGAGCAGGGGGAAGAUCAACGCUCAGGAAAGGACCACAGCAGACCACACAAGCACAGAGCACGACAUGCUCGGCUCAGGAGGAGUGAAAGUCUGUCUGAAAAGCAAGUGAAAGAAGCUAAAUCUAAAUGCAAAAGCAUCGCUCUCCUUCUCACGGAUGCUCCCAACCCCAACUCCAAGGGGGUGUUGAUGUUUAAGAAGAGGCGGCGGAGGGCCCGGAAGUACACCCUAGUCAGUUACGGUACUGGCGAGCUUGAACGAGGAGAGGAGGAGGAGGAGGACCAGGAAGAAGGAGACAAGGACGAGAUAAGCGAAGUUGCCUUUCUUGGAACGAGCGAGUCCGAAGUGGAUGAAGAGUUCCUGUCUGACUCUGACGACAACGCACAGGUUGUGAACUUUGACUGGGAUUCUGGACUGGUGGACAUUGAAAAGAAACUGAGCCGAGGGGACAAGAUGGAGAUGCUGCCAGACACCACGGGCAAGGGAGCGCUCAUGUUUGCUAAGAGGAGAGAGAGGAUGGAACAGUUCACAGCCCAAAAUGAAGAGGAGAAGACGAGUGUGAUGCCAGGCAGAGGACCAGAUGGGCUGCAGAUGGACGGUCUGAGAACCAUGACUUCUUAUCAAAAGAAGGAAGAGGAAUCCGUGAGAAUGCAGAGCUCUGUGAGUGAGAGCUCCAUCCAGAUGGGGCGGAGUCUUGGCAACAUGCCACAACAGAAUGGCUUCAGUGGAGUGUCUGAGACAGCAGGGGCCCAGAGGAUGAUCCCUAUGAACAGAACCGCCAAGCCUUUCCUGGGAACUAUGAACCAGCCAGCAGCCCCCUUCUCCCCAACACGGAGUGUGACAAGCCCCGUUUCCGACUUCCCCGCUCCUCCACCUUACUCUGCCGUCUCACCUCCACCUGAAGCCUUCUCCAGAGGGGUAUCAAGUCCAAUCACUGGCCCAGCACAGCCCCCUCCAUGGCCCCAGCCUGCUCCAUGGUCACAACCAGCCUUCUACGAUGCAUCUGAGCAGAUAGCUUCCCGGGAUGAGAGGAUCGCAGUGCCGGCAAAAAGAACAGGGAUCCUGCAGGAAGCCAAAAGACGGGGCACAACAAAACCCAUGUUUACUUUUAAAGAAACCAAAGUGAGCCCCAACCCUGAACUCCUGUCACUUCUUCAAAAUGCAGAAGGGAAGCGGGGCACUGGAGCUGGAGGAGAUUCUGGGCCUGAAGAAGACUACCUCAGCUUAGGCGCAGAGGCUUGUAACUUCAUGCAAAGUUCUGCCAAACAAAAGACCCCACCUCCGGUUGCUCCAAAGCCUGCAGUCAAAUCCUCCUCCCAACCAGUAACCCCAGUUUCUCCAGUCUGGUCUCCAGGAGUGGCCCCAGCCCAGCGUCCUGCCUUCUCCACAUCAAAUCUACCAAACCCUCCACAGGUCACGGCUGUGUCCUCCAUCAAAAUAGCUCAGCCUUCCUGCCCACCUGCCCGGCCUGCGAGCGCACUGAACCUGGCUGGUCCCUUCAAAGGGCCCCAGGCAGCAGUGGUCAGUCAUAACUUCACACCCAAGCUAUCAGCACCCACACCACAAGUAAAUGCUGCUCAUGCUGGUGCAGGGGGACCAUCCAAUGAGCUUCCUGGAAUGAGUGGGAAAGGAGCCCAGCUGUUUGCGAAAAGGCAGUCGAGGAUGGAGAAGUAUGUGGUAGAUUCCGACACAGUGCAGGCCCACACAGCUCGGGCCCAGUCUCCCACUCCAUCCCUGCCCGCCAGCUGGAAGUACUCCUCCAAUGUUCGAGCACCCCCUCCUGUGGCCUACAAUCCUAUCCAUUCCCCCUCAUACCCACUGGCUGCUAUGAAGUCUCAGCCACCGGCUGCCCAGGCCUCCAAAACGAGCAAGAAAAAGGGCAAGAAGCCUCUUAACACUUUGGAGGUCAUGAAGCACCAACCGUACCAGCUCAACGCGUCUUUGUUUACCUUCCAACCUCCCGAUUCAAAGGAUGGCCUCCCUCAAAAGUCAACAGUCAAGGUCAGUUCAAGCCUGGCCAUGAAGCAAGCCCUUCCUCCCCGACAGGUGAAUGUUGGCUCUCCCACAAAUGCGCAGGCUUCAUCUGUGUACUCGGUUCCGGCCUAUACCUCUCAGCCCUCCUUCUUCGCCGAGGCCACCUCACCAGUCAGUGCGUCCCCGGUGCCUGUGAGUGUUCCCACCUCUCCAAAGCCAGAAUCAGCCUCCUCAUCGUAUUUUGUGGCACCAAGGCCGAAGUUCUCAGCCAAGAAGAGCGGUGUCACAGUACAGGAGAGUGGGCGCUCCCUUUCUCUUCCUGGAAAAUCAGCCCCACCCAUCAUUCCUGCAGCUCCUUGGCUGUACCAGCCGGCUCACAGUUACUCUGGCAAGCCGACCCUCGGGCUGGAGAAAGCUAACAAGAGGCCAACACCUUGGGAAGCAGCAUCCAAGUCUCCUCUUGGUCUAGUGGAUGAUGCCUUCAGACCCAGGAGCAUCCAGGAAUCCAUUGUGGCGAAUGUAGUCUCCGCAGCUCGGAGAAAGGCAUUUCUAGGGUCCCAAGAGGACUGGAAAGAGAGACCGUCCUUUGUCCCGCAAACUCAGAAGACCAACAUGAGCUUCUCGGAAAGGCAAGAGUAUAAAGCGCCAUCCCCAGUCAACAGCCACAUGUCUACCCGCUCCUUAUACAGUUCGCAGUUGCCAUAUAUGUGCUAUAGGCAGGAGUCCAGAUAUGACCCCCAAAUAAUGUCCAUGGAGACCAGGUCUGAAUACUGUCUUCCAUUAGGUGGUUGCAACUAUAACCCACACCCAAGGGGGUGGAGACACCAACCCUGAAAGCUACUGUGACAACUCUGUGGGUUUUGUUGCUUAUGUUAGUGAUCCCUUGUGGGGUUUUUUACUUCUUAAAUAGACUUCAAUCCACUUUUAGUCCUCUGUGGCUCUCACGGGUUAUUUAUCUGAGUGCACAUGUGUGUAAACACACAAGUGUGGAGCACUUCCUUGUCUGCGGAUGCCUAAGGAACUGCUUGGAAGCCACUAUGAGCAGUCACUAUGAGCAGGGUGUGGUGGCGUACACCCACAAUGUGGCAAGGCAGAGCACCAGGAAUUUAAGAUAAUCCUCAGGCACAUGGUUUGAAGUCAGCCCAGGGUACGUAAGACCCUGCCUCAAAAAAAAAAAAAAAAUACUUUCUUGCAUUGGUAUUCUAUCACUUAUGUAUUAUUCAAAAUCUUAAUUCCAUUUGCCAAGAGUCCCAUGCAACUCAAGUUUGCUCAGUUAUAGUGAAUUAAACAUCUUCUUCAUGCCUUAGUCCAAUAAGGAAUUAUUAGAAUAUGGCGUAUUAAUUACAAGUAGUUCUAAUAGCAAGGAGUAUAAAAUUAUUUUUAUUAGUUUUUAAGUUAGUUGCCGGGCGGUGGUGGCGCAUGCCUUUAAUCCCAGCAUUCGGGAGGCAGAGACAGAUGGAUCUCUGUGAGUUCGAGGCCAGCCUGGUCCAUAGAGUGAGAUCCAGGAUAGGCAACAAAACUACACAGAGAAACCCUGUCUCAAAAAUAAAACAAAAAACAAACAAACAAAAAAAUUUAAGUUAGCAUAUAAAGGAAGGGGUUUCAUUUUGUCCUGUUAAUAUGCAUGUGCCAUUAUACCUUGUUCUAAUCCACCCAUCAUCACCCCAUUGCCCUUCCCUACGCCACCAGCCUUUCCUUUGACUAGUUCUCAUCUUUCCUAUUAGAAUAAAUCCCUAAGGUGAGCCUGACAUGAAGUAUAAUAAUUUUACAGAAAAGAAUCUCCUUGGUGUUAUUUCAUAUAUUUCUCUAAAACAUUUUUAGGUGCAGUUCAGGUGUUUUAGAAGGCUGAAACUGAAAUGUUCUAUCCCUCUUCUUUCGUUCGUCUGUUUGUGAAAGUGCUUUGCUAUGUAGUCCUGGCUGGCUUGGUACUUCUUUUGUAGCCCAGGCUAUCCUCAAACCCCUAUCUUGUCUCAGCCCACCAAGUGCUGGGAUUUCAGGUGGGCAGCAUUAUGCCUGGCUGAAAUAGGGAUGUUCUUAGACAGGACUAUGUCAGAGUCAGGGAAUUGUGAAACUCAGAUAGACUUUGGAGGAAACUGUAAUGUGUGGGAAGCACAAAUCUAGGCAUUGGAUUUUUUUCCAAUCUACUUAAAGCCAGCAGCCUGAGACAGGGAGACUUGAGUUCAAUCGCUCUCAUUUGUCAAAUGAGAAGGCUGCAUUGCCUAAUUGCUUAGGUUCUUAGCAACUCUGGUAUUGUGAGAUUCUCUCAGUAGAAUGACCUUUGAUGCAUUGUUUACUCUUGCUCAUCACAUAAAUAUCAGAUUAUCUUUAGGAGUGGAUGAGGUCGUUAGUGCCAUGAAAUACGUCACCAAAGGUCCCCAAAGGAAUUUCCAAGUGGCGGGUUUUGUGUUAUGUGGAGUGAGGGUUGAUGAUAGAAAUAUUAAUGGAUUGAAGGAAGUGGUGGAUGAAUAUGCCUGUCAUUAUGCAACUGUUCUUCAUAACCAUUUGCUUGGUUACAGAAAACAUGCCGGAGAAGCAUACACAAGGGCUGCUUCUAGGCUAUUCAGAGGAAGUCAGACGGCUGACUCACCUCUCCUGUAACCCAUGCCUUGUAAGCAUGACCAGGAGGCAGGCCAAGCGCCUGCUCCUCACUGCAGUACCCACGGAGUGUUCAAUACAAGGGAGUUCAGAGUACUUCAUACCAUCAUCAAGUUUACCCAGACUAUUUUUUAAUUUUAAAAUUCUUGAGUGUUUAAUCUUCUUUUCUGUUAAAAAAAAAAAAAAGGAUAAUUGUGCUUUAUUUUCCCUUUUAACUCUUCAUCUUAUCAUGAUGGUGGUAUCUUUCACAGACUAAAAAUGAACUAUGAGGAUGCAAAUGGUCUCUUACCUUAGAAGUUUUUUUAAAAAAUGGAAGAAAUCACAGUAAGUUCUACAGGUGGCAGGGGUGGCCAGAUACUAAUUUGUUCGAUUAGGUGGCAAGAAAAUGGAUGACUACUUUCCAAAAUUUGAUUGCUAGCCAGGUGUGAUGCCUUAUGCCUGCAUUCCUAGACUCCUAGAAAUGAAGAAAAGGGACUGCAAAAAUUCCAGGCCAGCCUGGGUUAUAAGUGACAUCAUGUCUCAAAACAAAAACAAACAAACCAAAAAAAGCAAAAAACCAACAGCAAAAGUUUCAUUGUUAAUUUAUAUAAAAUUGAUAUAAUGUUAAUUCCUUUAAAGUAUAAAAUGUAAUUAUUGGUCACCUAUGAGGUUUUUUUGUGGUUGUUUUGCUUUGUUUUGUUUUUUUGUUGUUGUUGUUUU